AUGAAGGAGAAUAAGGGUUUGUUUGGUUUGGUUUGGUUUGGUUCGGUUCUUGUGUGUGUGGAAGGAAGGAACGUGAAAGAAGAGCGUUUUGCAGAGUAUGACGCGCUUUGGAGGGAAGGAGGAGGGAAAGUUAGAGAGAGAAGGGGAGUAGGGGACUAUGGUGACAGGGUGGCUCAGAGUUUUCUCCCCUACCAACGAAAAAGCGUGGCACUUUUGGCAUGGAUGUCUCAUGUACUUUCCCUUUCCUCAUUCAUUGAGAUGCCACAAAAUUCACACUGCAUUAGAUGCCACUGCCACACAUCGUCACUGCUUCGUUUCGUUUCGUCGUUAAAAGGAGUGUAA